AUGGAAGACUUCGUCAGCGAGACAGACAGCGAGUACACUAGCUAUUGGCGUGACUGGUUCCUCUCCUCCCGAGGUAAUGAAUAUUUUUGCGAAAUCGAUGAGGAGUACAUCAUGGAUCGGUUCAAUUUGACUGGGUUAAACACAGAAGUGCAGUAUUACCAGUACGCUCUGGAACUAGUGACAGACUCGUUUGAUCUCGACUGCGAAGAUGCUAUGCGAGACGCAAUCGAAAAGUCUGCCCGUCAUCUUUAUGGCCUAGUUCAUGCUAGAUACAUCGUCACAACCCGUGGCCUAGCACGAAUGUUGGACAAAUAUAAGAAGGCUGAAUUCGGAAAAUGCCCUCGGGUUAUGUGCAACUCACACCCUCUCCUACCCAUGGGCCUCUCAGAUGUUCCGAACUUGAAACCUGUCAAACUCUAUUGUGCGAAAUGUGAAGACAUCUACAAUCCCAAAUCCUCACGACACGCGAGUAUUGAUGGCGCCUACUUCGGAACAUCCUUCCACAACAUCCUUUUCCAAGUUUACCCAACCCUAGUCCCUACGAAAAGUGCUGACCGGUAUAUCCCCGUGUCUAUGGUUUCAAAGUUCACGCCCCCGCAGCUCUCAUUCGUUGGCAGGAUCAGCAACGCGAGCAUAUGCGCCGCCGCCUGA